GUUUUACAGCAAUGUCGCAAACGCUGCAUCUCCUGAACUGAUUUACGGCAAUCCGUCAGUCGACAGUAGAGGGUCUGGAAAAGGUUAAAGUGAACCCGAAGUAACCAUGCCGUUCGUCGACCUUCAGUCUCGCCUGGGAUUUAACUUGGACCACUGGAUCUUGGCCCAAAGUGGCGAGCAGCCCUACAAGCGAGCCGCUCGCUGCCAUGCCUUCGAGAAGGAGUGGAUCGAGUGCGGCCAUGGCAUCGGUCAGACCCGUGCUAAGAAAGAGUGCAAACUCGAAUUCGAGGAUUUCUAUGAAUGCAUGCACCGACAAAAGACGAACAAGCGCUUGCAUGAGAUCCGGAAGCAGAAGGAAAAGCUGAUCAAAGAAGGCUCCUACACACCUCCUGCACAUCACACUGGCAACGAAGAAGUUCGGCCCUGAACCCUGAGCUCUCAGCUCCCUGCCUGAUGCGCUGUUAGACACUCGGCAUACUGACUCACUCGUGUAUUAUAAUUAUUAUUACAACCCCAUUGUUUAUCUGUUCCACUGGAAAUAUAAUAAAUACUAUUCAUCAUUUCA